UCUUCUGGUGAUUAUACUGAGUAACUCAAAGAGUGUAAAUCUCAGAUUGAUAAUGUUCCGGAACGAAGAAUGCUGUUGAAUGAGAUGAAAGUGGUUGGCAUGCUCGUUUCAAGUUUCAUUUUAGAAAUAUGAACUAUCUUUUAUCGAUGUUCGGAUGGUUCAUUUAGAUAUACCAAGUGUACUUAACAAUUUCAAACUUGUUGAAACAUGGAACUCAGAGAUUUGCUGCUUUAAAGAAAGAAGAGGAAACAUCAGAGGCAUUGUAAAAUACGGAAAGCCGUUAUCCGAUUGUGGAUCGAACCAUCAGAGACCUUUCCCCGUUCUCAAAGAGUAUCAACUAUCAAAGCCAGAAUCUCUGUUGCUCUACUAUGUGCUGAACAGGGCCUUGGAAUCAAGCAGGAAACUUGGAUCAUAUCAAAGGAUCAUUCCUAGAGAUUUAUCGGUUGACCAAAUGCUUACCUUGCAGCAUUUGAUGUCCCAUAAAAUUAUGGCUCCAGCCCUAGGAACUACUGCCUCAUAG